GAUCGUCAACGUUACUUGCGUGUUACCGGUCACGUCUUACGUAGGUGUGUGUUUGUAUCACUUACUAACAAUAUCCUUGGCCGCAUAUUCACAAAAUGGAUACGGAUUAUACAGAACAAAUUUCAUCAUAGGAAGAUAGUAGUACUUCUGGAUAACGUCUUCUAAAUGUGCUCACUGCAAGUUCCUGCUCUUCAGUUCCGAACCCUCUAGAGAGAGGAUGUUGCCCAGCCUGGCCCACAGACCAUGGCACGUCUUCUGCAGGGUCUCCUUGCAGCAUAGGGCGCUCAUGUCCCAACUGCUCCCGAGGGUCCCUCAUCUGUGUUACGGCUGGCAAAGUGGAAGCAUACAUAGCUUGUGGCUCAGCGUUCCAGACUGCCGAGUUGCUUCUUCAGGGCUGGGCAAGGUGCAGUACUACUGUACCUCGGAUAAAGAUAGACCUCCAAAAUCAGAAUCAAGUAAUGCUCCAGCAGAAGAAAAUGUCUUGUCCGGUGCUGCAAAAGCCACCCCAGCUUCACCAGGUUUAACACUUAGAGGACUGAAGACAGCAGAGACAAUUCAAGUCAAGGUUCGGGCUGUCCUGAAAAAAAGGGAGUAUGGUGUGAAGUAUACUCAGAACAACUUUAUCACUUCAGUCCGAGCCAUGAAUGAGUUCUGCCUCAAACCAAGUGAUCUGGAACAUCUUCGGAAGAUCACAAGACGCAGCCCCCAUGAUGACACAGAGGCUUUCACUGUGUUCUUGCGGUCAGACGUGGAGGCCAAAGCACUAGACAUAUGGGGAAGCCAUGAAGCUCUGGCUCGGGAGAGAAAACUCAGGAAAGCGAUGGAGAGAGAAUAUCAAGAAAAUGUUUUUCGGAAUCAGCAGCUGUUGAAAGAAUACAGAGACUUUUGGGGAAACACUAAGCCUCGAUCAGGCAAGAGAACAACAUUUCUGCAAGGACCUGGGAAGGUGGUUAUGGUUGCAAUUUGCAUCAAUGGCCUCAAUUUCUUCUUCAAGAUUCUGGCUUGGAUCUACACUGGAUCAGCUAGCAUGUUCUCUGAGGCCAUCCACUCUCUGGCUGACACCUGCAACCAAGGUCUGCUCGCCCUGGGAAUCAGCCAGUCUGUCCGCAACCCAGACGCCAUACACCCAUAUGGAUUCUCCAACAUGCGCUAUAUUGCCUCUCUCAUCAGUGGGGUGGGCAUUUUUAUGAUGGGAGCAGGCCUCUCCUGGUACCAUGGCAUCAUGGGAUUGCUGCACCCAGAGCCCAUGGAAUCAUUGUUAUGGGCUUAUUGCAUUUUGGCGGGCUCCCUGGUGUCUGAAGGAGCCACGUUACUAAUAGCCAUCAAUGAGAUAAAGAAGAGCUCCCGCCAGCAGGGACUGUCAUUUUAUGAAUAUGUAAUGCAGAGUCGAGACCCGAGCACUAAUGUAGUGCUGGUGGAGGAUGCUGCUGCUGUUUUGGGAGUCAUCUUGGCAGCUGGCUGCAUGGGGCUCACCUCGUUCACAGGUAACCCAUACUAUGACAGUUUGGGCUCUCUUGGCGUGGGCACAUUACUGGGUACCGUCUCUGCCUUCCUCAUCUACACCAACACAGAGGCCCUGCUGGGACGAUCCAUAAAGCCUGAGAGUGUACAGAAGCUUACAGAGUUGCUGGAGAAUGACCCUGUUGUAAGGGCCAUCCACGAUGUGAAGGCCACUGAUAUGGGGCUGAGUAAAGUGCGCUUCAAGGCUGAAGUAGACUUUGAUGGCCGUGUGGUGACACGUUCAUAUCUGGAAAAACAAGACAUUGACCAAAUCCUGAAUGAAAUUCAGCAGGUGAAAACCCCCGAGGAUCUGGAAAACUUUAUGCUAAAACAUGGGGAGAACAUCAUUGACACUCUGGGGGCCGAGGUGGACCGCCUAGAGAAAGAACUCAAGCAACGUAACCCGGAGGUUCGUCAUGUAGACUUGGAAAUACUAUAAUAUUUAUUGGCCUCUGCUGAGCAAGAAGGACCAAGAAGAAAGGGUGAAAGCGGGGCCGAGUCCACCUCCACAGUCUGCCUCCCAUGCUGACCGCCGCAACCCGAAGCUCCAUGUCUACACUAGUCCUCAAGUCUUACCAUGAAGCAGUCCAGAAACAUGUACAAAGAUCAAGUUGUGUGUCUCUUGAACUUUGGUUAGUGGUAGUUAAACCAACCAGAGAUACACACUCACAUUCAAGUGCAUGUGUGUUUCUACCUUAAGACUAAAGACUUACUAGUGUCCAAGAUUUUUAAGAAAAACCUAAAUCUGCGUUGCAGUUCACAGAAAUGACAGUUUACUCUCCUGGGUGUUUGCCUGAGCUCACAUUCCUCCAUGAACAUGUCUGAGCUUGGCUGAAAUCAGGCCUGCCUCACAAACAAAAUCGCAGACAGGACCAGUAUCAUCUGCCGAACUUGUAUUUUACUUUAAUGGUAAACUUGAACCAGUGAUGGCGUUUCUUAUAAUAGUACAAAAUGAAUUUAUAGAGCUACAUGUUGGAGCCAUGAAGGUUUGUUUCAUUACUAGAACAUAGUAGCUUUUUCUGAGGAGCUGCAGACGGCACGAUGCUGCUGUAGGUUCUCUAGUGAAGACCGUUUGCUACAAAUGGAUUACAGAAGAAUAUGCAAAAUAUAAAAUGUUACUAAAACAUUUUAUU